AUGCAAUUAAAGAGUAUCACUUACCCAGCUUGCCCAGGAGGGCCAGCACAUAAAUGGGCGCCAGGUGCUGGGUGCUGUCCUGGCAGGAUGCAGAGCUCCAGGAGCAAGCCCUGCUCCUGCCCCAGCCUCAAGCUGCGGGAGGUGGCAUCCAUGUACUUCACCAUGGUGGCAGCGUUCCUGGUCAUCCUGGUGGUGGCCCUGCAGGGCUCGGCGCCCCGCCAGAGUGAUUUCCCCUACAAGGUGCUCCUGGAUCCCCAGGGGCUGCUGGAGCUCUCCUGGAAUGUCAGCUACCCCGAGCAAGCCGUGCAUUUCCAGCUGCUCAUCAGGGAGCUGCACUUCGGGCUCCUCUUCGGGAUGUCAGACAGGGGAGAGUUUGAGAACGCCGACCUGGCCGUGCUCUGGAGUGACGGGCACAACUCCUACUUUGGGGAUGCCUGGAGUGACGCCAAGGGGCAGCUCCACUUGGAUUCCCAGCAGGACUACCAGCUCCUCGGGGCUCGCAGGGCUCCUGAGGGGCUCUACCUCCUCUUCAGGAGAGCCUUCAGCACCUGUGACCCCAAGGACUACCUGAUAGAGGAUGGCACGGUGCACCUGAUCUACGGCAUCCUGGAGAAACCCGUGCGCUCCCUGCAAGCCAUCAACGUCUCUGCCCUCCACGGGGGGCUGCAGAGGGUGCAGCUGCUAAAACCCAACAUCAGCAUCCCUGAGCUGCCCAGAGACAUGAAGACCAUGGAGAUAACAGCCCCGGAUGUUGUCAUUCCCAGCCAGGAGACGACCUACUGGUGUUACAUGGCAGAACUCCCAGAGGGCUUCCCCAAGCACCACAUUGUCAUGUACGAGCCAGUGGUCACGGCGGGCAACGAGGCUCUUGUGCACCACAUGGAGGUUUUCCAGUGCGCGGCCGAGUUCGACAGCUUCCCCCACUACAGCGGGCCCUGCGACUCCAGGAUGAAACCCGAGCGCCUCAACUACUGCAGGCACGUGCUGGCAGCCUGGGCCAUGGGGGCACAGGCUUUCUAUUACCCUGAAGAAGCAGGUCUUGCCUUUGGUGGCCCAGGCUCCUCCAGAUAUUUGCGUCUGGAGAUCCAUUACCACAAUCCCCUGGUGCUCAAAGGUCGCCGUGACUCCUCGGGGAUCCGGCUGUACUACACGGCCACCCUUCGUCCCUACGACGCCGGGAUCAUGGAGCUGGGCUUGGUGUACACCCCCGUGAUGGCCAUUCCCCCUGGAGAGGACAGCUUCAUCCUCACGGGGUACUGCACUGAUAAAUGCACCCAGCUGGCUCUGCCCGCUGCUGGCAUCCGCAUCUUUGCCUCCCAGCUGCACACACACCUGGCAGGGAGGAAAGUGGUGACGGUGCUGGCCCGGGACGGGAGGGAGCAGCAGGUUGUGAACGCUGACAGCCACUACAGCCCUCAUUUCCAGGAGAUCCGCAUGCUGAAGGAGGUGGUCGCUGUUUUUCCGGGCGAUGAACUCAUCACCACCUGCACAUACAACACUGAGGAUCGGAGCAGAGCCACCGUGGGAGGCUUUGGCAUCCUGGAGGAGAUGUGUGUGAACUACGUGCACUACUACCCCCAGACCCAGCUGGAGCUGUGCAAAAGCGCUGUGGAUCCCGGCUACCUGCGCCGCUACUUCAACCUUGUCAACAGGUUUAACGACGAGGAGGUCUGCAUGUGCCCACAGGUCUCUGUCCCACAGCAGUUUUACUCCAUCCCCUGGAACACGUUCAACAGGGAUGUGCUGAAAUCCCUCUACGGCUUUGCUCCCAUCUCCGUGCACUGCAACAAAUCCUCUGCUGUCCGCUUCCCGGUAGGUACAGCCCCGCUCCCAAAGCUUCCCUGCACAAUUCCCAGAUACAAGUUGGGUUUGUGGUGCUCAGGACACAUCCGAACCCAGCAGGCUCAGGGCAGAGGGCUGGAGCUGCCUGGGAAUCCCUGGUAUCAGCAGGACACUGAGCCCAGCCCUGCCCUGGGCUUGGACAAUACAUCAGGAGCCCACCAUGGAUGCUCCCAGCCAGAUCCAAGUGGGAGAUGCAUUUGCAUGAAGUGA